UAGGGAAAAAGUGCACACUUCUCGGCAAGAUCUCGACCGGUGCGGUCGAUUUGCAAACGCACUCUCGAAACGGUAGUUGCCGCGUCAAAGCUGAAUCUAUUCGCUCGAACCACCCCGGAUCUAGCCCUUCUCCGCCGUGUGCAGCUCGUGUUGAUUUCUGUGCAAUAACCCUCCGGAGCGUAACAAUGCGAGCGGACGGUCCCUUGCGUCGGUUCUGGUCAGCGUUGACGCGGAAGAAACAGAACGAAGACGAUGGGUCGGAGUCGAAGCUGGCCCGCGUCCUCACACUGCUCGAUCUGACCGGGCUCGGUGUGGGCAGUACGCUCGGUCUCGGUGUGUACGUUCUGGCCGGUUCGGUGGCACGCGAACAGGCCGGUCCGGCCGUCGUUGUCUCGUUCCUGGUGGCGGCCGUCGCUUCCGCCAUUGCCGCCUUGUGCUAUGCCGAGUUUGCUGCCCGUGUACCGAAGGCUGGCUCCGCCUACGUCUACAGUUACGUGAGCAUCGGCGAGUUUACUGCCUUCACGAUCGGUUGGAAUCUGAUUCUGGAGUACGUGAUCGGCACGUCCAGCGUGGCCCGUGGCAUGAGCGGCUACAUCGACUCGCUGGUGGACAACAAAAUAAGCAAAGCGAUGCGCGAAGCUAUGCCGAUCGAUGUCGACUUCCUGUCGGACUAUCCGGACUUUUUCUCGUUCGUCGUGGUGCUGAUUCUGGCCGGCCUGCUAGCGUACGGCGUGAAGGAAUCGACCCUGAUGAACAACAUCUUCACCGGCGUGAAUCUGAUCGUGAUCGGAAUUGUGCUGGUUGCGGGAGGCAUCAACUGCGAUCCGGACAAUUGGACCAUCGAUCCGAAGGACAUUCCGCCGGGCUACAAUGGUGGAGCGGGCGGGUUUGCACCGUUCGGUUUUGCCGGUAUCAUGGCCGGUGCGGCCAAGUGCUUCUACGGUUUCGUCGGCUUCGACUGUAUCGCCACGACCGGCGAGGAGGCGAAGAACCCGGAACGCAACAUCCCGCUCGCCAUUGUGAUCUCGCUCAUCAUCAUUUUCCUAGCGUACUUCGGCAUCUCGACCGUGCUGACCAUGGCACUGCCCUACUAUCUGCAAGACCCGGAAGCACCGUUCCCGCAUCUGUUCGAGUCGAUCGAAUGGCACGCCAUUAAGUGGAUCGUCUCGAUCGGUGCAAUCUUUGCGCUCUGUACCAGCCUGCUCGGUGCAAUGUUUCCGCUGCCUCGCGUCCUGUACGCCAUGUCGUCGGACGGCAUCAUCUACAAGAAGCUACAGACGGUCCACCCGAAAACGCAAACACCUGUGCUGGCCACUUUGCUGUCCGGGCUGUUGGCGGCGAUCAUGGCGGCUCUGUUCAAUCUGCAGCAGCUGAUCGAUAUGAUGUCGAUUGGAACGUUGCUAGCCUACACGAUCGUAGCGGUGAGUGUACUGGUGUUGCGCUACCAGUCGGAGGAACUGCUCGGUAGUUCGGAAGUCAGCGUGACCGUGCCGGAGGUGAUUCGGCAGCUCGUCAAUCGCGAGCGUCAUCAAGCGCCGACGAAGCUGUCCUCGGCGGUGGUCAAGUUCAGCGUUUGCAUUUUUGCCGUGUUUGUCUGCGGUGCAUGCGGCAUUCUGGUACCGGCCGAAGAUUACAUUAACGGUGACUACCCGGGCGUCAUCGCAGGACUGGCGAUACUCGUUGCCCUGCUUGUCGGGCUGUUCGUUGUUAUUUCCCUGCAGCCGACGGACAAAAUUAAGCUUACAUUUAAAGUGCCGCUAGUGCCGCUGCUGCCACUGAUCAGUGUGUUCUUCAACCUGUACCUCAUGUUCCAGCUCGACUCCGGUACCUGGAUUCGUUUCAGCGUUUGGAUUGUCAUCGGCUACUUCAUCUACUUCAGCUACGGAAUCCGCCACUCGAUAGAGGGCGAGCGGUUACUCACGAAUGCGGAGCUUGCCGCCUCCAAGGCGAACGGCAUCGACAAUACCGGGUACGACGGUGCGUCCGACAUGGUGGAUCAGAAGGACCCGGCAAAAUUCCAAGGUGCACCGAUGUACGUGAUAGCAAACGAAUCAACGUAGGGGUUGCGUUCGUUACUCGCAAAGUGAGGCGUCAGUAUUAUGGCGGCGUGAGCAGGAUUCCCGCGGGCUGCAUCAAUGGCGGUCCCAAUUUUCAUGAUAAGCAUUAGCUAAGUACAAACGAACGUGAGAGCAAGCAAAACAAAACAAACGACCUAGUGCGUACCCGGACCAGGCGAGCAAAUCCGCACUACAAGUGAUUGUGAUAAUUAUUGCAUACUAGUUGUUUAAGGAUCUAAAUAGAGACAUUUGACAUAAGCA